AAUGUUUAAGCUAUUUAAAAGUUAAGGUAGAGACAGUAAUCAAACUAAUAUUACCCUCAAAAUUCAUGACUUGCUUAUUGGAAGUGAGAAGCAUGCAUGCCCAUGAGUGAGUGUAAGAAAUCCUAUCUAAUCUUAGAAAAUCACUUUGAGAACCCCAAAUGUUUUGAUUAGCCAACCGUUUUAUACAACAUCAGGAAUUUACACAACUGUUACCCAUUGUUGUUUUUUUACCUCAAGACUAUUUUAAGACACUAAAUGAUCUUUAGGAAAAUCUAUAUUAUAAUACCUGUAUAAGUCUGUCUAUCACACAAAAUGGUACUGCAAGCAGCAAAUGCACAUAAUACGGUAUAAAAAGCCCAGACAGACCCAUCAAUUUUCCACGGGUCACUAACUAGUUGUAUGCUAUAAUAUGCCGUUUUGAUAAAAAAAUUUGUAACAAGCUUUCUAACCACCUUGUGUACAGACCUAUUUUUACUCUGGCUUAUGGUAAUGUUACUGAAACCUAAACAAUGAAGACUGGUAUAAUUGUAUCUUAACAAUAGUAAUUAUUCUUUGUCGUGUUGUUCUUUCCAGACAUGUAUAUAAAAAGCGUUAUUUUGGAUGGUUUUAAAUCAUAUGCACAGCGUACUGAAGUUAAUGGUUUUGAUCCUUUAUUCAAUGCAAUCACUGGAUUAAAUGGGAGUGGAAAAUCAAAUAUUCUUGACAGUAUCUGUUUCUUGCUUGGUAUCACUAACUUGUCUCAUGUUCGAGCUACUAAUCUGCAGGAGCUUAUCUAUAAAAGUGGGCAAGCUGGUGUGACUAAGGCUACUGUGACAAUUACUUUUGAUAAUACAGAUAAAAAGCAAAGCCCUAUUGGAUAUGAAACAUUUGAUGAAAUAACUAUAUCUAGACAGAUUGUUUUGGGUGGCAGAAAUAAAUACCUUAUUAAUGGAUGUAAUGCAAAUAACACCCGUGUCCAAGAUUUGUUUCGGUCUGUUCAGUUGAACGUUAAUAAUCCUCAUUUCUUGAUUAUGCAGGGUCGUAUUACAAAGGUGCUCAACAUGAAACCACCCGAGAUUCUUUCAAUGAUUGAAGAAGCAGCUGGGACAAGAAUGUACGAAAGCAAAAAACAACAAGCAAUCAAAACUAUGGAGAAAAAACAAAGCAAGUUGAAUGAAAUCGAAUCGGUACUUCACGAAGAAAUCACACCCACCAUAAAAAAGUUGAAAGAGGAGCGUUCAUCUUAUUUGGAAUAUCAGAAAAUUAUGCGAGAGAUUGAACAUCUUACUCGGUUGUGUGUUGCUUAUGAAUUUGUAAAAGCACAGGACAUCAAGCAGAAAUCGAGUUCAGAGUUGGAAACAAUGACCAACACUAUUAAUGUUUUAAAAGAGAGAAGUGUGGAAAUUGAUCAGGAGAUUGCUGUGAUAGAUGCAGAAAUUGUUAAACUGCAAAAACAAAAGGAUGCUGAGUCUGGAAAUGUGUUAAAAGAGUUGGAAAAAAAAUUGGAUGAAGUUUCAAAGAUUGAGGUGAAAGCUUCAUCUGAUUUAAAGCAUGCAAAAGAUACACUAAAUGCUGAAAAGAAAAAGAAAAAGUCACUGGAAAAGAACAUUACUGAUAAUAAUUCUCAAAUGGAAGCAAAGGGAAAGUCUUCUAAUAAACUUAAAAACAACUUGGAAGUGCUAGAAGAAAAAAGUAAAACUGAUGCCGAAUUAGUUACUGAUGCACAAAAUCAUUAUCAUGCUGUGUCAGCAGGUUUAUCAAGUAAUGACGAUGGAGAAGACAAAACAUUAGCUGACCAAAUGAUGGACUGUAAAAAUGCUGCAAGUAAAGCUGAGACGGAAGUAAAGCAAGCGCAGAUAAAGCUUAAGCAUGAGGAAAGUGAACUAAAGCGAAAGCAAGCUGAUUUAAAAUCAACCGCCAAAAAUUAUGAGAAAGACACGGCUGCGUUUGACGCAUUAGAAAAAGAAAGAAAUAAGCUACAGAGUCAACUGGAGAAGUUAAAUUAUGAAGAAGGGAAAGAAGAACAGCUUGUAGCUUCUAGGCGACAGCUCCAAACAGAAGUUACGAAUCUUGAAAACAAUGUGGAGACAUUAGAAGCAAGGUUUCCGAAUUUACAGUUUCAGUAUGAAGAUCCUGAACCUCGUUUUGACAGACGGAAGGUGAAAGGUUUAGUGUGUAAUCUAAUUAAAGUAAAAGACAUCGAAUAUGCAACAGGUGUGCAAGUUGCUGCAGGUGCCAAGCUAUAUAAUGUUGUGGUUGACACAGAGAGAACUGGUAAACAGCUUUUGGAGAGAGGUCAAUUGAAAAGAAAAGUAACAUUGAUACCUUUGAACAAGAUUGCUCACAGAUCGAUCAGUCAAGAUGUUAUCAAUAAAGCAAAAUCUGUUGUUGGCAAAGAAAAUGUACACACAGCUUUAUCUCUAGUUGGGUACGACAAUGAAGUUGAAUCCGCAAUGAGAUUCGUAUUUGGUUCUGCUUUUGUGGCAAAAACUCUAGAUUGUGCUAAAAAGGUUGCUUUUGAUCCUCAAGUAAAAACAAAAACAGUGACGAUGGAGGGUGAUGUGUUUGAUCCUGCAGGAACGUUAUCUGGUGGUGCACGUGCUAGUCAAACAUCAAUCUUGGUGAAGCUUCAAGAACUGCAAGAUGCAUCAGCACAACUUCAUUUAAAGAAAACUGAAUUUGCAAAAGUUGAUCACGAGUUAAAAGGAAUUAAGAGUGUGGCUGAUAGAUACAACCAGCUGUCAACUCAGCUGGAUAUGAAAUCUCGGGAAGUAGAACUUGUUCAAGAACGUCUCAAACAAAGUACCCAUCAUCUUAAAGUUGAAGAAUUAAAAUCACAUGAAAACUCAAUAGUUGAGCAGAAAGAAAUCAUCAAGCAAGCUAAUGAAACAAAGAAGAAUGCAACUUCAAAAUGUAAAGACUUAGAGUUGAAGAUGAAGGAAAAAGCGGCUUACAGAGAAAAAGAACUUAAAAAUGCUGAGUCGGCUUUAACGAAAGCAAAACAGAAAGCCGAAAUGUCUUUAAAAGAAUUCAAAAGUAAACAGCAGGAGCUUGAAGAACUUCAUCUUGAGGUUGAAGUAUUGACAGGUGAAAUAAAAGCUUUAGAAGAUCAGAUUAAAGCCAUCGAUGAAGGUAUGAAACCUAUGGAAGAGGAGAUCACUUCGUUGAGUGAAGUAGCUGCUACGAAGAAGGCAGCCGUGAAAGACGCAGAAGAAAAAUUAGCCAAUCAAAAGGAAGCAUUACGAUUGUGUAGUGAGAACAUUACCACAAAAUCGAAAGAAAAAGGCCAACUACUCAAAGAAGCGUCAAAUGGUCAGUUAAAGUUCAAAGAGUUGGAACAUAAAAUCACCAAGAUAAACAAAGAUAGUCAUGAUGCUGCUCAAAGGGUGGAGCUCAUGUUGGAUAAAUAUGAGUGGAUUCGUAACGAGCAGCAGUACUUUGGGCAGGCCAACACAGCUUACGAUUUCAAAGCAAACGACCCAAAGGAAGCGUCGAAACGAUUGAACCGAUUGAAUGAAUCGAAAGACAAACUUGGUAAAAAUGUCAACAUGAGAGCGAUGAACAUGCUGGGAAAAGCAGAAGAAAAGUAUAAUGAUUUGAUGAAAAAGAAACGUAUUGUUGAAAAUGAUAAAGAGAAGAUAGAAGAUGUCAUCAGAGAGUUGGACGAGAAGAAGAACGAAGCAUUGAGACAAGCCUGGGUGAAAGUAAAUAAGGAUUUUGGAAGUAUAUUUUCGACUUUGCUGCCUGGUUCCAACGCUAAACUGUCUCCUCCGGAAGGUCAAGGAGUCUUGGAUGGUUUGGAAGUAAAAGUGGCGUUUGGAAACGUGUGGAAAGAAAGUCUCACUGAACUGAGCGGAGGGCAAAGAUCAUUAGUUGCACUGUCACUGAUCCUUUCCAUGUUACUGUUCAAACCUGCACCUAUCUAUAUAUUGGAUGAAGUAGACGCAGCACUUGAUUUAUCGCACACGCAAAAUAUCGGUCAAAUGUUACGACAACAUUUUCAACACUCGCAAUUCAUCGUCGUGUCGUUAAAAGAUGGAAUGUUCAACAAUGCAAACGUCUUAUUCAAAACGAAAUUCGUUGAUGGUGUUUCGACCGUUGCGCGUUUCGUUCAAAACCAAGCGCAUAGAGAUGCGCCAAAACAACCUUUGCUGUCGGAAAACAAGAAGCGACGAAAGUAACGGUAGCCGAAUGUUAAUUGAAGCAAUUCAUGGACAGUCAUUAAAUGGUAUAUCAUAAACUAUUUGUUAAUGAACCUACCCACUAUAGUUUUAAAAUUAAUUUUGAAAUAAGGGACCAAAAUAAUUUUCUUUUUCAAAAUCUGAUAUGUAAAAAAUUAUGCACUUAAUUGGGUGAAACUGCGUUGAUGACGUCAUAAAAAUAUAACUUAAUAUGUAAAUUAAAGCAGAUUUUACUCAACGCAGGCACCCAUUUCUACAAGUUCUAAUGGUUUUCAUAUUUUUUUUAUAUGGUAUCUUGAGAUCUACAAUCCUGAAUAUUUAAGAUAAAGGCA